GCCAUCACGUCGCUGCUGCCGUCAAUCCGCUGCUGCCAUUCCGCCGCUGCUGUCAUCACGUCGCUGCUGUUAUAACUCCGCUGCUGUCAUCCCGUCGCUGCUGCUGUCGUCGUUCCGCUGCUGCUAUCCCGUCGUUGCUGCUAUAACUACAUCGUUGCCAUCACGUCGCUGCUGCUGUCAUCGCUCCGCUGUUCCUAUAAUUCUUCGUCCAUCCGCUGCUGCUUAAGUCGUCGUGGGAAUGAGCUGCCGCUGCAUCCUGUGCCAAAGGGACGUAAGCGCCGGCAAACAGCCGACGCACCAGGUUCAUUGGUCGCCGAGGGAUGCCACAGAAAAUAUUCAGCGACAACGCGACCAACUUUGUCGGCGCCGACCGCAAGCUGCGCGAGCUGAAGGAGGCGUUUCUAGCGCAAGCGCCAGAACUAAUGGGGUUCGCAGCCGAAGAAGGAUUCAGCUUCGGCUUUAUACCACCCAGGGCGCCGCACUUCGGCGGAUUAUGGGAGGCGGCCGUGAAGUCCGCCAAGCAUCUAAUCGUUCGCGCACUCGGCAACGCCCUGCUAACGACGGAAGAGCUCUCAACGCUACUGGCCGAAGUGGAGGCCAUUUUGAACUCGCGUCCCCUAACACCGUUGAGCCAGGACCCCAACGACGGAGAAGCACUAACUCCAGCACACCUUUUAAUCGGUUGUCCCCUGCGAGCACUGCCCCAGCACAAGUACCAACGGACCCAAUUCGUUGCUGCGAGAGAUGGCAACUUGUUUGCUGUCUCAAGCAACAGUUUUGGCAACAGUGGUCCAAAAUAUAUCUAA